AUGGAGGUUAACUAUGAUACUAUUAUUAGAGUAUUAGGGCCACAGGGCCUCCGGGCACAAGUCAGGGAGCAGGAGGGUUUAAAAGAAGCAUUCAACUGGUUGGUCGAGGAGCUACAGAGGAUAGCUGAAGUGGCCACCCCUCGGAAGAAGGCCAACAGAGGCCACGGCUCGCCGUGGUGGUCAGUGGAGGUCCAGGAGGCCCAGGGAGAGGCAAGGAGAGCCGAAAGGGAGUGCAAGGCAGCCCCGUCGGAGCACAACAAAGAAAGACUUAACCAAGGUCUACGGGCCCUCGCGGCCACCAUCAACAAAGAGAAAACGAAGACCUGGAGGACAACAAUGCAGAAAGCCACCCACAAAACCGACCUGCUAUGGAGCCUAGAACGCUGGGCCCGUUGCAGAAGCUUCGCCCCCCCAGAUCCCCCGAAACUACCCGCUCUCACAGGGCCCCCCGGAGGCCAGGACCUCUCCACCCAGAAGGAGAAGGCGGAGGCCUUAGCACGCCGGUUCUACCCUAACCCAGAAGCUGACCUUUCUGAUAUAGAGGACCCGGACCUGCUAGAACAGUGGGUUCCGAAGUUCAAUAUAGAGGAAAAGGUUACAGUGGGUGAUGUUAGGGCAGUCCUUUCGAAGAUUAGUCCUUGGAAGGCUCCAGGCGAGGACCACUUACCUAUAGGCCUUCUUAAGGCCUGUGGGCGCCCACUGUUCAAGGUGCUAGCGGUUCUCACGGAGGCGUGUUUCCGGAUCGGAUGGUUUCCAGAAAUAUUCAAGAGAGCCAAAACAGUUGUCCUACAAAAGCCCGGAAAAGAGCCGAGUACCUACCGAACUCCAGGAGGUUACAGGCCUAUAGCCCUCCUACCUACAGUUGGGAAGGUCAUAGAAGCACUGGUAGCAGAGAGGAUUACUAGUGCUGCAGAGGCCUACGGCCUACUACCAGCGGAGCAGAUGGGAAACCGAGAGCACAGGUCAACAGAGGUAGCGAUUCGGCUAGUCGUAGCCCAAGUCCAGGAGGCCUGGCGGCAGAAAGCAACCGCCUCCCUUCUACAGUUGGAUAUCUCAGGGGCAUUCGACACCGUCAACCACACCCGGCUACUAGCCACUCUUCGGCUACAGGGUUACCCACAGUGGGUGGUUCUGUGGGUGAAGGCGUGGUUAAGUAACAGAGUUGCGAUCCUCCACUUCGACGGCCAGAAAACAGAGGACAUCCCAGUCAUAGCGGGAGUCCCCCAGGGCUCACCACUAUCCCCGAUCCUAUUUAUCCUCUACAUUGCCUCCCUAUAUCAGGCCCUGAAAACAGCCCAUCCACUGGUUAGCAUAGUAGGGUUCGCAGACGACACAAACCUACUGGCCUUUGGAAAGAACCCAGACGCCAAUACACAGCAACUGGAAAAAGCUUGGAAGACCUGCUUGCAGUGGGCUGGUACCCGGGGGAUGGCGUUUGCAGCUCAAAAGUGCGAAUUAAUUCACUUCAACAAAGGUCGGAGACAGUGGGAGAACCCGGUGGCCCUGGCCCACCCAGGGGCUAGUGGCUACAGCACAGUUAAGCCAGUGGAAUCGGCUCGGUUUCUAGGAGUCUGGCUGGACUGGAAGCUGUCAUGGAGGGCGCACCAUCAAGCUGUGGAACGGAAACUCAAAACCCAAGAUUUCGCCUUAUCGAGGAUUGCAGCAAAGACGUGGGGCCCGAGCCUAUCCAGGGCUCGGGAGGUCUACGUAAAGUGCAUCCGCAGUGCCAUAGCUUACGGAGCCUCCAGCUUCCACCAACCAACAGCUCCAAGAGCUACAGGGCCGAAGGGGCCUGCAAAGGUCUUGUCAAAAGCUCAGAACAGGAGCCUUCGAAUAGUAGUAGGGGCAUACAAGUCAGCUCCUAUUCGGUGCUUAGAAACAGAGGCCUGGGUGCCACCGCUAGACCUAUAUCUCAACAAGCGGCUGGCCGACUUCGAGGGCCGGCUACAGAAGCAGGCCCUACAGUCAGGGGCUGGGCCGGAGGCUGAGAGAAUAACCACGGGGCAUCUAAUCACUGAGGCCUGCAAUAAGGUCUACCGAAGCUCUGAUGAGACACACGAAGGUCUUACAAAGGCGCAGAGCUCCCUCCUUUCCCAGGCCCGUAUCGGGGAUAUAGGCCUCCGGGACUACCUGUUCAGGGUGAAAGUCCCGGAGGUCCGCACCCCCUAUUGCGAGUGCGGGAGAGGCAGGGAGACGGUGGAGCACUUGGUGGCUUGGUGCCCCGACCCGCCGUUACAAAGGCCGUGGGACGGCAGAGAGAUUCGGUCACAUCGGGACCUACAAACCGUAUUACGGGGAGUAGGUGCCCGGAGCAGAAGAUUUGUUAGGAAGGUCCUUGGCUGGCUGAUGGACUCUGGCCGGCUACUGGAGUAUAGGCUGGCCAGAAGGCUGGAGCUAGAAACAGUGGAUGGGGAGGGCUAG